AUGAGUGUACAAAUUUUGGACGGUGCCACCAUUCUUAACUUCGUGGAAGACGAAGAAGCAUUUAGCGAAUUUAUCGCAGAGCGCUUCAGCAACCUCGAUAAAGACCAUGAUGGCAUGCUUUCUUAUCCGGAAAUGCUGAAGGAGCUGCGGUAUACGUGGUGGUCGAGCCACAUAGGGCUAAGGGUCUUCGAUACACAUUUUGGUAUCGACGUGAAAACGGAUCCAAAUGAGGUUUCUCGAGUUUAUAGCUCAAUCUUUGUUCAGUUCGAUCGCGACUCAAAUGGGACGGUGGAUAUGGAGGAAUUUAAACAGGAGACGAAAGAGAUGAUGGUGGCAAUGGCUAAUGGUUUAGGGUUCUUGCCAGUUCAAAUGGUACUUGAAGAGAACAGUUUCUUGAAGAAAAGUUGA